AACAGAGGCUCAUUGUUGAAAGCAGCAACACCCUGCAAACAAAGUAAGCUACAUUUAGUCCAGCUGGCUACCUGUUGCAAUCUGCUUUCUUGCUGCCCACCUUGUCCCUCAUUUUUUUGUGGCCUUCAUUUACACGCCCGGACCAUGGAAACGUUUUGACUUUUUAUCCCCAGCAUGGACUAAUUAUAUUUAGUGAAAGUGGGCACUCACCUGUACGUUGCAAUGGAGUCCUUACCAGUGGGAUGGACAGUGCACGCCUGUGAUCAGGAGGGAGAUGGAGCAGGCCUGCUGAAAGGGGGAAAUUCAGGUAGCACAAACCCUCAUGAGCAUGAUCUGUUCCAUGAGGAUGCCCAGCAGUCCAGUCAGCCAUGGUGGAGAAUCAAAAUCUUUGUGUGGGAGCCGCUUCUCUUUGGAACCUGGGAUGGUGUCUUCACCACGUGCAUGAUUAACAUCUUUGGUGUUGUCUUGUUCCUCCGUACUGGCUACUUAGUGGGCAACACAGGUGUGCUGCUCGGGAUGCUUCUGGUGUCCAUGGUGGUUCUAUUUGCUUUGGUCACAGUGAUGUCUGGGAUUGGAGUGUGUGAGUACUGCGGGGUGGGCAGUGGAGGUGUGUACUCCAUGAUCUCCACAGUCCUUGGGGGCAGGGUGGGGGGCACUGUAGGCCUCCUCUAUGUAUUUGGACAGUGUGUCGCCGGAGCCAUGUACAUCACAGGCUUUUCUGAGUCGGUGGCAGAGCUGCUGGGUCUUCAGAGCGAGUGGGCAGUGCGAGCCAUGUCAGCUGCAGUAUUUCUUGCCCUUCUUGGAAUCAACCUGGCAGGUGUCAAGUGGAUUGUGCGACUCCAACUGCUGUUGCUGGCGGUGCUAGCCGUCUCCACCCUGGACUUUGUCAUUGGCACCUUCACCCACCUUGACCCAGCACAUGGUUUCAUUGGUUAUUCUGUUGGUCUGCUCAGCCGCAACACACUACCUGAUUACAGCCCAGGAGAAAAUUUCUUCACAGUCUUCGGGGUCUUUUUCCCUGCUGCUACAGGUGUUAUGUCAGGCUUCAACAUGAGCUCAGACCUGCAGCGGGCCGAACACAACAUCCCUUUGGGAACACUGACAGCUGUUUUCACCUCGUGGUUCCUGUAUCUGGUCUUUGUCUUCCUCCUUGGGGCCAUAUGUACGAGAGAAGCUCUGCGCUACGACUUCUUGAUAGCAGAAAAGGUCUCCUUGGUGGGUUUCCUGUUUCUGCUGGGCCUCUACGUGUCCUCCCUGGCUUCCUGCAUGGGCGGCCUUUACGGAGCGCCUAGGAUCCUGCAGUGCAUCGCCCAAGAGAGGGUCAUCCCUGCACUGGCCUUUCUGAGAAGAGGGAAAGGCCCUAACAAGACUCCUGUGGCAGCGAUCUGUCUGACCAGCCUGCUGAGCAUGGCCUUUGUUUUCAUCGGCCACGUCAACGUGCUGGCACCCAUCGUCACCAUCAACUUCAUGCUCACCUACAGCUUUAUUGAUUACUCCUACUUCUGUGUGGUCAUGACCUUCCAGUUGAAGAACAAAGACAAAAGCACCCAGGCCCGAAGCAGCCAGCGGAGAUUCACCAGACAGACCUCCAAGCCUCUGAUUGAGGUCACUGCUCCUGAAUAUGGCAGCGGAGGAGAAAGUCCACAGAGGAAAGGCACUUUGAUCGAGUUCACAAAGGACAUGGAUCGGAUCUUUCCUUCGACCUCCAAUGGAGUUUCUGGACCUGAGAAAACCUUACAAGGAAGGAGCACAAGGAAGGAAACCAAGAAGAAGCUAAUGGACAGUUUUGGCUUGGAGCUGAGCAGCAGCGUGUUUGCAGAUGAGCAAGCUCAGCCUCAGGAAGUACCUGAAUUGGGACAAACUCAAGCCUGUCAUGGUGAAAAAGAUCCAUCUUCUGGGCCUCACUGCACAGUCGCUGGAGUUAAAGCAGAGCAGCAGGACUUAGAAAUCAAACCCUUGCCCGAUUCUGUCUAUGCAAAGUUUAGCAACCACUGGAUAGCUCUUAUAGGUGCGUUGAGCUCCCUGUUGAUCAUGUUUGUUAUUCAGUGGGUUUAUGCACUAGCAAACAUAGUCGUUGCCCUGCUGCUCUUCUUCUACAUUGGUAAAACCAGCCCAGGACUACACAAAGGUGUGGCGGCUCGAUAUAGUUUUGUCGUGUGGCUCAAAUCAACAUUAAACAGCAUUUGGAGGAGGAGGGCGUCUCCCAGAGAUGAGAUCGUAGUGACACCAUCUCUGUCGGGGGUCGGCAUGAAAACUAAGCAGCUGACGGAGGAAAAUGCUGACUUUGCGUCUCGCAACCGCUACCACCGGUCAUCGUUUAUCAAGAGGGAUGAGAUAGUGCAACCGCCACAUGGGUGACUCGAGCACUACCUCUAUCAAUGUAAAUGUGAUCGGCCACUUUUCCAGCAGUGGUUAUUGGAAAGCGACUCAAUUGUAUUGCACUGUGUGUGUGUUUGUUUACCAGUGCGAGAGACACUGCAUAUCUCGGACUUUGUCAUAUAAAAGUUGAAUCGAGCUAAAGUACAAUUUUGUCCUCAUGUACUUUGACUUGUUUACAGAAGAACAUAAAGUAAGAUUGUAUUUUCACUGUUCAAGUUGUUUACAGGAGAAAUGAUUAAACUGAUCUGGAAAGUUA